GCUGGAAUAAAACAAUUUUAAUGAAGUUUCUAUUUAGUGAUUCACUGAUGAAGUAUGUCUCAUUUGUGGGUAACAUCUUAUUGUUCUCAUCUUUACCAUCAAAAUUUAAGCUAUAUCCGUAAAAUAUAACACAAUUGUACUAAAAUGCUUUCUUGAUAUUCAAAAGUGAUGUUUGAGGCUGCUUAUAGGACGUUGGUUAACUAUGAUAACUCCAGUUAAGGUGUGGUGCAGCUGAAAACCUUUUCUUUUUCUUCAUAUUCAAUUUUCUAAUUUGGGACGUGCUUUAAGCUUUCUCGUUAAUGAACAAUGCUUUUCUUAAUCUUGAUUGAUCUCUAAAUAUUAGGAGCUUAAAGCAUGUAUGAGAUAACCUUUUGACUCUGCCAUGCCAUGUUAUUAAGUUCUUGUGCUCAGCCAUUUAAUUGCUAUUGGCAGAUGGGGCUUGGAAAGACUUUGCAAGCUAUCGCCUUCCUGAGUUAUUUAAAGUUUUGUCAAGGCUUACACGGACCCUUCUUGAUACUGUGUCCUCUCAGUGUGACUGAUGGCUGGGUAUCCGAGGUAACCAAAUUCGCCCCAAAGUUAAAGGUUCUACGUUAUGUUGGAGACAAACAAUACAGACGUGCUUUGAGAAGGGAAAUGUAUGAACAUGUGGAAAAACAAUCAUCAUCGCCCAAUGUUCAGUCCUUACCUUUUGACGUGCUCCUUACAACAUAUGAUAUAGCAUUAAUUGAUCAGGACUUCCUUUGUCAGAUCCCUUGGUAUUAUGCUGUUAUUGAUGAGGCGCAAAGACUUAAAAAUCCUUCCAGUGUUUUGUAUAAUGUUCUUAGAGAGCACUAUAUCAUGCCCAGGCGUCUACUCAUGACUGGAACCCCUAUUCAGAAUAGCCUUACUGAACUCUGGGCACUCUUGCAAUUCUGUAUGACUUCAAUCUUUGGGACACUGGAACAUUUCUGCGCUACAUUCAAGGAAGGUGGAGAUCCUUUCUCAGCAGGUAAAGGUGCACCAAUAGUUAAGGAUAAGUUCAAAAGCUUAAAAUAUAUUUUGGGGGCAUUCAUGCUUCGAAGAACAAAAUCUAGGCUUAUUGAGACCGGAACCCUAUCUUUGCCACCUCUUACUGAAAUCACCUUGAUGGCUCCCUUGGCGACCUUGCAGAAGAGGGUGUAUUUGUCAAUAUUAAGAAAGGAGCUUCCUAAGCUUCUGGCAUUGUCUUCUGGGACUUCUAAUCAGCAAUCCUUGCAGAAUAUUGUAAUACAGCUACGUAAAGCAUGCAGUCAUCCUUACCUCUUUGCUGGUAUAGAGCCUGAACCAUAUGAAGAGGGUGAACACUUAGUUCAGGCAAGUGGUAAACUUAUAGUCUUGGACCGGCUACUUCAGAAGCUACGCAAUGCUGGACAUCGUGUUCUUCUGUUUGCACAGAUGACACAUACACUUGACGUAUUGCAGGACUAUAUGGAGUUGAGGAAAUAUCCUUAUGAGCGUCUUGAUGGAUCCAUUAGGGCUGAAGAGCGCUUUGCUGCAAUAAGGAGUUUUAGCCAACAGUCGGUCAUAGGAAGUUCCAAUUCUGAAGCAUCACAUGACAGUGCAUUUGUCUUUAUGAUUUCCACCAGAGCAGGGGGUGUUGGCUUGAAUCUCGUGGCUGCUGACACGGUCAUAUUUUAUGAGCAGGAUUGGAAUCCACAGGUGGAUAAACAGGCUCUACAGCGGGCACAUAGAAUUGGUCAAAUGAACCAUGUGUUAUCUAUAAAUUUAGUUACUGAGCGCACGGUGGAGGAGGUUAUCAUGCAUAGAGCAGAGAGGAAGUUGCAACUGAGCUAUGACGUUAUGGGUGAGGAUGCUACAGACAAGGAAGGCAAAGAUAUGGUAGGAGUUGCAGCUGGUGAUCUGCGUUCUGUUGUACUUGGGCUACGUAUGUUUGAUCCCACCACCGAAAGCGAAGAGAGUUCGGAUCAACUAGACAGGUCAAAAGUGAAUGCAAUUGUCGAAAAGGUAAUAGCAUUCCGACAUGGAGGCCGAUCAGAAACAGAGGGUGGCAAGGUUGAGAUCAAUUCAGAGAAUGUAUUAAGUGAACAUGUUUAUGUUACAAGAAGCCCAUCAUCUAAGGAAUUUGAGCCCAUUCUAGAUGAAGCUUCAUAUCUUUCUUGGGUUGAGAAGCUCAAAGAGACAUCAGAGACAUGUCAUAACUCUGCGUUAGAGGAGCAGAAUAAGAGAUCUUUACCUAAGGAGAAGCAUCUCAAAAUGGAGUCGAUUAGGAAGAAAGCUGAGGAGAAGAAACUAGCAAGAUGGAAAGCUGAGGGAUACGAGUCACUGUCAGUCAAGGAUGUUGUGUGUCCGGCAGAUGGUAAUAUCUUGUCAGAUUCUGGUUCGGUACAUUUUGUUUAUGGAGACUGCACACAGCCAUCUAAAGUUUCACCAUCAGAGUCUUCUAUAAUAUUCAGUUGUGUUGAUGAUUCUGGGAACUGGGGUCAUGGUGGUAUGUUUGGUGCACUAGCUAAACUUUCAUCGCGAAUUCCAAGUGCAUAUGAACGAGCUUCUGAAUUUGGGGACCUUCAUCUGGGUGAUCUUCAUCUUAUAGAAGUUACAGAAGGUGAUGACGAGGAGAAUAAAGUUGCUGAUACUCGUCUGUGGGUAGCUCUAGCUGUGGUGCAAACAUAUAAUCCCAGGCGUAAAGUGCCACGUAGCGGUAUCUCUAUUCCUGAACUGGAACAGUGCCUGUCAAAAGCUUCAUUUUCAGCUGCUCGAAAUUUUGCUUCGAUCCACAUGCCACGAAUUGGUUAUCAGGAUGCUUCAGACCGAUCAGAGUGGUACUCAGUUGAGCGACUUCUUAGGAAAUACGCUGCUUUAUACGGCAUAAAAAUUUACGUAUUAUUUUCGAAGAUCCUCUUGAAUUUGGAUUCUGGAGAUAUAUUUGGGUCAUUCAAAUAUGUGACUUCAAAUGAGUUUUUAAUUAAAUUCAAACCUUCUGGCGCGUAUACGAAUGAAUGGCUUUGUACUCUUGAGAAGGUCCUGGACUUGAUUAGAAUCUCAUUUAAGGUUAUAUAUCUAAAAAGUCUCAAUCUUGUAAAAUGUGUAAGAUAAACAUGUCUAAUCUCUAGAUAUAUUUGGUACUCGGGACUCCGUUACUGUAGAGGUGGGCAAAAACCGGGCCUUUUCUGGCCUUUAACUCGUCCUAAUUUGCCGAUCCUAUCAUAUUCAUCUCGUGAGUUGAUUUGUCAU